CUACCUUUCAGUGGUAGCUUGGGUGGUAGCUUGCAAUCAACAAAGCAAGUGUCUACAAGUGAAACUUAAACUAUAUGUAACUCAAAGUAUACACACAUUGCUUGCUAAGAUUCGUUUGGGAGAAUAUACGGAAAUUGGUCUUUCACAAGUGUCGUAACGGCCGUACUAUAACUACUGUAAAGCUAUUGGUAACGUUAGCUGCUGUCUGUUCGUGAAACGGUAAGAUUACUACCGGUACGUAGUUAAGGAUUACAGCGUUAUUUACAUCAUUUUGUUUGAUCAUGAAAAAAAAAGGUGAGAAAGUCUUGAAAGAAAAGGCAGCUGUUGAAGAGGAGCCUUCGAAAACUGCUGUGCAGGAGUGUCCAGUUCAGAGCAUAGAUGAUUAUCAGUGCUCAGGUAAUCUGGAGACUGACUUCCCAGAGCUUUGUUCUCUACUUGGCGUGAGGGAGAUCCCUGCUAUAACCCCUCAACCCCGGCCCUCUGUCACUCCUACCACAGACAGAGGCAACAUGGUGACAACAACUUGGUGCCCUAGGCCACGUCUCCAAGUGGAGCUGGAGAGCGAGGACCCUCGCAGUGUUAAGGAGGUCCGGGUGUUUGGAUGGAAGGUAGAUGAGCUGAUGGCUCAAGUGCUUAACAAGACACUACCAGCCCUAAGCAACCUACAGAAUCUGCAAUUGUGGCGGGCUGGUCUGACGGGGCAAACUCUGACCUCCCUGAAGAAUACAAUAUUGCUGUGCUCAAACCUUAGGACUGUGGUUUUGGAGGGCAACCCUCUUCCCGAGGAGAAUUAUCAUCUCCUUAUAUCUGAAGACAGUAUGCUUACCCACGUGUCACUGCGUAACAACCAGAUUGGCGAGGAAGGAGCUCGCCUGAUUGGCUCAGCCCUCUCCACAUCCCGCUCUGCCAACAAGAAUCUACUGUCACUUAAUCUGGCUUUCAAUUCCAUUGGUGAUUCGGGCGCUGCUCAUAUAGCACAGGGUUUGCGUCUGAAUCGCUCGUUGCUGUGUCUCUCUCUGGCCAAUAAUCAAAUUGGAGACAUGGGGGCCUCUCAUUUGGCUGAGGUGCUGGGUCCCUUUGCGCUGACUCAUGAUGAGGUUGUGGAAAGGAGACGGCAGCUCUUCAAAAGGGACCAAUCGCCCUCUCAGGCUGACUCUAAGUGUGAACGUUCACUCUCUUUCCCCAGCAGCUCUUCACUGGAGCGCAACUUCAGCAAAGGGACCAAGAGUGCUUCCAAGAAAAAGGAAACACACAAAAAGGAUGAGAAGCCAGCAGCAAACCAGGCUGGGGUGUCAGGAGGAAAGAAAGAAGAAUCCAAACUUACCAAAAAAGUCUCUGAUUCCAAGGUGCCCCGAGUUAAAGUGGGUAAAUCAGGUGGAAAAGAAAAGCGCCCCUCUGUGUUGGAUCAAGAGGAGAAGACUGAUGCUGCCCAGAAUAAGUCAGAGUUGUCUGAGACAGUGAGCCCCCUGCUGGAACCAGGAGUGCAGUACAAGGAGGGCAAAGUAAUGAUGCCUGGUAACACAGUCCUCACCUCCCUCAGCCUAGCAGGCAACAGGCUAUCUGAGCAGUCUCUGCUACUCUUCUUGUCCUCAUUGGGGGCGCAGACCGAAGGCAGAGGUCUCCUUCGUCUUUGUCUUAAUAGAAACCACUUCCCUGUGGACUGUGAAUUCUUCCUCAAGAUACAAGAACUGAUGUCAUUCAGGGAUCCUCUAAAAAAAAACGCCUCUGCUCAAUUGGAUAUGGAACAGGGGCAGGCAGCGGAAACUUCAGAGUAAAAAUCAUAUCUCUGGUACAUGUUAAUCAUAGUCUCAUUUGUCUACAAUACAUUUUACCCAACUAACUUUAAAUUUGGCUUUCAGGUUCAAUUUAUGUAGAAGCUAUCUAGUGUUUUUGCAAUUUGCAGUCCUGUCUCUGUAGUUCUGCUGGUAAAGUAUUUUAUGGAUGCCUAACUCCUGAGUGUCAUAACCUGAU